AUGGCAAGCAAUCAGCAAUGUGUUGAUAUUCAAAAUGUACAGAAUGUUCUUCUCAUCUGGUUAGACAGUACAAUCGACACAAAGAAUAAAGAUUGCCGAAAUACACUUACUCAGUUACACUGCAUCGUCAAUGAUAUUUGCACGUAUACGGAUAGAGACGAAUGCGUUCAAUUUAUCGAGAAUGUUAAAGACCGAAAAGCUUUCUUAAUUCUCUCAGCUGAAUUUGGAAGAAGCGUUGUUCCUGACGUACAUCAUUUGUCGCAAGUGAAUUCGAUUUUUAUCUUUUGCGAAAACAAAAAGAGUCAAAAAGUGUGGACAAAAGAUUGGGCGAAAAUCAAGGCAGUUUUCUCUGAAAUCACACCUCUUUGUGAGAAACUGAAACAAGCUGUGCAACAGUGUGAACAAAAUUUCGUUUGUAUGAACUUUAUUGGCACUGGAAACAAUAUGGAUCAACUCGAUUCAUCCUUUAUGCACACACACAUUCUGAAAGAGAUACUGUUGACCAUUGAGUUUGAAGACAAACAUAUUGUCGAAUAUCUCGAUUACUGUCGCAAAAUCUUUUCGAAUAAUGCAAAAGAAUCGAAAACUAUUCGAGAACUACAGCGCAAAUAUCAUGAACAGACACCCAUCUGGUGGUAUACAUCCGACUGUUUCCUGUUCUCCAUGCUCAACCGUGCUUUGCGAUUGCUGAAUAGUGAUAUUAUUGUACGGAUGGGUUUCUUUAUGAAUGAUUUACAUCGGCAAGUUGAACAGUUGCACAAGGAGCAACAUGUUAAUCAAUCUUCUGCGGAAACAUGUACAGUUUAUCGCGGGCAAGGUCUGUCGAAAUUAGAUUUCGAAUCUUUGAUGAAAAAACAAAACGGUUUAAUGUCUUGUAACAGUUUUUUACUCGCCAGUAAGAUUCGUGACGUUUCACUGCGUUUUGCUGAAGAUAUGGCGAAAGAUCCUGAUUUAGUCGGAGUUUUAUAUGUAAUUAAAAUUGAUCCAACUCAAUCAACAACACCGUAUGCAUCUAUCCGUGACAUUAGUUGUCAUACAGAUGGAGACGAAGUACUGUUUUCCAUGCACAGCGUCUUCCGGAUCAAUGAGAUAAAGCCAAUAGAUGAACGAACUCUAGUUUAUGAAAUAGAUUUAACACUCACCAGUGAUCAUGAUAAUGAAUUAUAUGCAGUCAUGAAUCACAUGCGACAAGAAACUUGCGGAGAUGCUCAAGGUUGGGAAAGAUUAGCAAUGGUAUUGAGAUUAUUCGGUCAUUUCGACACAUCCAAAGAGAUUUACGAAACACUGACUAAUCAAAGUACUAAUGCAGAAAAUUCAGGAGUAUACUAUGCGCAACUUGCGUCUAUAGCAGAUGACAAAGGCCGUUACGAAGAAGCGCUUGAUCUGUACAGAAAGUCACUUGCCAUUUAUCGAAAGACUCUCCAUCCGAACCAUGAAAACUGGGGCUAUGCGUACAACAACAUUGGCGAAGUUUUUCGGAAAAUGGGUGAUGCUUCUAACGCGCUCGUUUAUUAUGAAAAGUCGAAUGCAAUUUGGAAACAAUCCUUACCCCCUGAUCAUCCUAAUUUCGCUUCUACUUAUAACAACAUGGGUAUCGUCUAUUGCGGUUUACGCGACUAUACCACAGCACUCUCAUUUCAUGAAAAGGCCCUAGAAAUUUGGCAGCGAUCCCUCCCUUCGAAUCAUCCUAGUUUAGGGACAUGCUAUAGUGGCUUGGGAGUUGUAUACGCGGCCAUGGGUAAUAAUGCGACAGCACUUGCUUACUUCGAGAAAGACCUUGACAUCAGCCAACAUUCACUUCCUGCUGACCAUCCUGACUUAGCGAUGGCUUAUUUUAAUAUAGGUCUAUUGUACGAAAAGAUGGAUAAAUAUAGCGAAGCCCAUUCGUUUUUUGAACGUGCCGUACAAAUUAACCAACGCACAUUGCCUUCGAAUCAUCCAGAGUUGCUAAAGUGCAAAGAACUUUUGCGAAGAGUGAAAAAGAAACUAUAG